AUGGAAGUUGGUGUCUCUUAUCGAUAUCUCUCUUCUCCAUGUUCCAAGACCUCCCCCCCUUCCCCCUCUCCCGUCUACUGUGCCGAUUUCCCGCUUACAAUGUCUGCAGAGUCUCUAGUUACAAAGGAAGAGUACGAAUUACUGAAAACCACGGUUCUCAAGGCACAAGAGAUUGCGUACUGCCCCUACUCGAAGUUUCGUGUUGGAUGUGCCAUUCUAGCAGAGUCUGGUAAGCUUUACACUGGAUGUAACGUUGAGAAUGCGGCAUACACAGCAGGCAUCUGUGCGGAGCGGACUGCCAUGUCUAAGGCUGUGAGUGAAGGCGAUAGAGUGUUUAAGGCUAUCGCCAUCGUCACCGACUCCCCAACGUGUUCAUCUCCAUGCGGUGUAUGUAGACAAUUCAUUCGUGAGUUUUCCGGUGCAAACCAAAUCGGCAAGAAAAAAUUGCAACUCCCAAUUAUCAUGUUCAAUAACGACACUUCAAAGAGCACUAUAAAGACGCUAGACGAGUUACUCCCAAAUAGUUUUGGGCCAGAAGACCUUGGAUUUUAG